AUGGCGUGUAUGGAUAUUGGUUUUGCAGGUGAGGUGGCUACUGAAACAACUGACGCUGAACUUGGAGAUGACAAGAGGUACGGUUAUGUUGGACGUGUAAGUUACGGUGGUGGACGUGGAGGAUAUGGUGGACAUGGAGGUUACGAGGCGGCUGAGAUGAACAAUGAAGAAGUUUCCUUCUCCUUGCUCUUAUUUAUAUCAGCCGUUGUUCUUCUCAUUGCUUCGGAAGUGGCAGCUCAAACUACCACUGAAAUGGACAACGGUGAUGUGGCUACUGAAACAACUGACGCUGAGCUUGGAGAUGACAAGAGGUACGGUUACGGUGGACAUGGAAGUUACAGUGGUGGACGUGGAAGUAACGGUGGUGGCCAUGGAGGGUACAAAGGUGGACAUGGAGGGUACAAAGGUGGACAUGGAGGGUACAAAGGUGGACAUGGAGGGUACAAAGGUGGACAUGGAGGGUACAAAGGUGGACAUGGAGGAUACAAAGUUGGCCAUGGAGGGUACAAAGGUGGAGAGCAGAACGAGGCUGCUGUGAUGAACAACGAAGAUUGA